AUGGCUCUGAUAUUUGUCGGGGUGGAUUUCCAAGUCUAUCCUGGCCAAUGUAUGGAUGUGGAGGAGUUCUACGUUAAGUACAAAAACUAUUCCUACCUCCACUGUGAAUGGGCCUCUCUGCAGCAGCUUGAGAAGGACAAACGCAUUCACCAGAAGAUCAAACGCUUCAAGGCCAAGAUGGCACAGAUCAGGCAUCUUUUCCACGAGGACGAGGAUCUUUUCAACCCAGACUACGUAGAGGUGGAUCGGCUACUGGAGGAGUCUCACAGUGUGGACAAGGACAAUGGGGAGCCCGUGGUGUAUUACCUGGUGAAGUGGUGCUCACUGCCGUAUGAGGACAGCACCUGGGAGCUGAAGGAGGAUGUCGAUGAGGCCAAGAUCGAGGAGUUUGAGAGGCUGCAGGCGAGGAAACCGAAACUGGGCCAUGUGGAGCGACCUCCAGCCAAAGCCUGGAAGAAGCUGGCUCUGUCCCGGGAGUACAAGAACAACAACAGGCUCCGGGAGUACCAGCUCGAGGGUGUGAACUGGCUUCUCUUCAACUGGUACAACAGGCAGAACUGCAUCCUGGCCGACGAGAUGGGCCUCGGCAAGACCAUCCAAUCCAUCACCUUCCUGGAGGAGAUCUACUCGGCCGACAUCCACGGGCCGUUCCUGGUGAUUGCUCCGCUCUCCACCAUUACCAACUGGGAGAGGGAGUUCAACACGUGGACGGACAUGAAUGCCAUUGUGUACCACGGCAGCCUGGCCAGCCGCCAGAUGAUCCAGCAGUAUGAGAUGUACUUCCGAGACUCGAAGGGUCACUUUAUCCCCGGGGCGUACCGCUUUGAUGCCCUGAUCACCACCUUUGAGAUGAUCCUCUCGGAUUGCCCUGAGCUGCGGGAGAUCCAGUGGCGCUGUGUGAUCAUCGACGAGGCCCACAGGCUGAAAAACAGGAACUGCAAGCUGCUCGAGGGCCUCAAACUCAUGGACCUGACUCUGGAAGAGUCCCAACGGAUGGAAAACAGCAGAUGUGAGAUCUUCAUCCAAGGAAGGAAGGCAGGAAACAGCAGAGCAUUAGCCUAA